CAACCGUGAACUGAUAUAUGUAUCUCUCCUCCCACAACUGUAAUAUUCAAAAGCAAGAAAACGCCCUACUGAGUCACAUACUAUCCCAGGAGAAAAUGGAUGUAUGCUCUGCUUCUUUUCUCUUCGUAUAGCCAACAGUUUGAAUCAUUAUUCAUCACGAACAACUGGACUAUUCUGUGCAUUAUCUCUGUCUUCCAGGCAUAUGUCGAUAAUGGGACACAACGGUUUCUCGGUCUCAAUACUCUGUGUGACACUGCUUGCUCUGUCCAAACUGCACCCUAGCCAUGGAGAUAUAAGCUACUCUAUUCCGGAGGAGCUGAAACGUGGAUCUGUGAUCGGAAAUAUAGCCAAGGAUCUGGGGCUGGAUGCUAAGAGAUUGUCGGCUCGUGACGCUAGGUUAGACGUGGAUGGCAGCAGUCGACGCUACUGUGAUUUCAACGCUAACUCGGGGGAUUUGAUUGUCGCUGAAACAAUAGAUAGAGAAGAGCUGUGUGGUCCAAGGGUUUCGUGCGCUUUGAAAUACGAGCUGGUGCUUGAAAAUCCUUUAGAGUUACACCGUAUUACUGUUCAAAUCCAGGAUAUAAAUGAUAAUUCACCUCUAUUUCCAAGUGAACGCAUACAAUUAGAGAUACUAGAGUCGGCUGUGAAAGGGCAACGUUUUCCCUUAAACGAUGCCCAUGACGCAGACAUUGGAUUAAACGCAGUUCAAAGCUAUACGCUGGAGAGGAAUGACCAUUUUGUUUUGGCUGUUCAUACAAAUAGAGACGGUGGGAAAUAUGGGGAGUUAGUGUUAGAGAAGGAAUUAGAUCGAGAACAACAACAGGAGGUAACAUUAUUACUUACUGCUGUUGAUGGUGGGACUCCACAGAGAUCUGGUACUGUAGUUAUACACGUUACUGUGCUGGAUGCUAACGAUAAUAUUCCAGUGUUUAGUCAGGACGCCUAUAAGGUCAAUAUACCAGAAAAUUCUCCUUUGGAUACCGUAGUAGCUACAGUUAGUGCCACUGAUGCUGACGAGGGACAAAAUGGGGAAGUAAGCUAUGCUUUCAGUCGAAUAUCUGAUAAAGCAGCGAGGAUAUUUUCCAUUGAAAAGAAGACUGGAAAAAUUAAAGUAAUUGGACCAAUAGAUUUCGAAGUGGAAACAUAUUAUGAAAUGCGUAUCCAGGCGCUUGACGGAUCAGGGUUGGUUUCCAACACAAAAGUAAUUGUCGAAAUCACAGAUAUAAAUGACAAUGCACCUGUGAUAUUCCUAAAAUCUAUGAAAAAUCCCAUCCCUGAGAAUGUGUUACCUGGCACAGAGGUGGGCAUCAUUAAUGUACAGGAUAAAGACUCUGAGGGAAAUAGACAGGUCCGCUGCUCCAUUCAACAAAAUGUUCCUUUCAAACUGAACCCCUCAAUCAAAAACUACUAUUCUCUGAUAACAACUAGUGAAUUAGACCGUGAGAUGAUAUCAGAUUAUAACAUAACUAUCACUGCCACUGACGAGGGGUCUCCACCUUUAUCCUCCUCAAAGACUAUUCGUUUAUCUGUAUCAGACGUGAAUGACAACCAUCCUGUGUUUGAAGAACAAUCCUACAGCGCCUAUGUGACUGAAAAUAACAAGCCUGGCUCCUCAAUGUGUUCUGUUACCGCCAGAGACCCAGACUGGAGACAGAACGGCACAGUGGUCUAUUCUCUAUUGCCCAGUGAGGUCAACGGUGUUCCGGUGUCCUCAUUUUUAUCCAUCAACGGAGACACAGGGGUGAUCCAUGCUGUGAGAGCAUUUGAUUAUGAGCAGUUUAGGGGCUUCAAAGUCCACGUUGUAGCGAGAGACAAUGGUUCUCCUCCACUCAGCAGUAACGUGACUGUGAGUGUCUUCAUAACAGAUGAGAAUGAUAACUCUCCCCAGAUAUUAUACCCUGCUCCAGCAGGAAACUCCUUGAUGACUGAGAUGGUCCCCAAAGCUGCUCUGGCGUGGUCACUGGUUUCCAAGGUGAUAGCUGUGGAUGCUGACUCUGGACAGAAUGCGUGGCUUUCAUAUCAGAUCUUGAAAUCGACUGAUCCAGGACUUUUCACGAUUGGUCUCCACAGCGGAGAGAUCAGGGCACAGCGGGACAUUUCUGAAUCUGACAGUAUGAAGCAGAACCUUGUUAUAUCAGUGAAAGAUAACGGACAGCCCUCUCUCUCUACAACCUGUGAUGUCUAUUUACUCAUAUCAGAUAACUUGGCUGAAGUUCCAGAACUGAAAGACAUGGCUUAUGAGGAUAGUUCCAAACUAACUUCCUAUUUGAUAAUAGCACUGGUCUCUGUCUCCACCUUUUUUCUGACUUUCAUUAUUCUCAUCCUGGCUGUGAGGUUCUGUCGUAGGAGAAAGCCUAGAAUGUUGUUUGAUGGAGCAGUCGCCAUUCCCAGUGCCUAUUUCCCUCCCAACUAUGCAGAGGUGGAUGGAGCUGGAACUCUCCGUAGUUCUUACAAUUAUGAUGCAUACAUGACAACCGGAUCACGCACCAGUGACUUCAAGUUCGUCAGAUCUUACAAUGACAGCACACUGCCUGCUGAUUUAACACUAAGGAAGAGCCCAGAUGAAACCAGUAGAAGCUAUUGAGAGUGGAUCAAAAUAUUCAACUAUG